AGCGCAGCGGCACUUGUUUUUGCUCCGUCCCGGCUUCCAUACUUCGCCUCGUUCUCGCUUUCAGUCGGUCGUGCAGUGAAGAUGGCGGAAGCAACCCCGCGGCCCUGCCGGUUCUUCUGUCACCGGUGCUCGGAAGAAAUCAGCCCUCGGCUCCCGGAUUACAUCUGUCCGCGGUGUGAGUCUGGCUUCAUCGAGGAGUUACCUGAAGAGGGCAGUUCAGAGAAUGGGUCCACAUCUACAGCCUCUAAUGAUCAGAAUCGUCCGUCGUUUGAGAAUGUGGACCAGCACUUGUUUACAUUCCCGCAUGGAUAUGGUCAGUUUGCUUUGGGGAUCUUCGACGAGGGCUUCGACUUCAGGGGCGGUUUGCCAGGAGAAGAUAACCGUGAUGCAGAAAACCGCAGAGAACGGGAGAUGGCGUCACGGCAGCGGUACGGGGCCAGACAGCCACGAGGACGACACGUGCCUCGGAGACAAGGACAGCGGCAUGAGGGAGUACCUACUUUAGAAGGAAUCAUUCAGCAGUUAGUUAAUGGAAUUAUUGCUCCGACAGCAAUGCCAAACAUGGCAAUGGGGCCCUGGGGAAUGCUGCACUCAAACCCAAUGGACUAUGCAUGGGGGGCCAACGGAUUAGAUGCCAUCAUAACACAGUUAUUAAAUCAGUUUGAAAAUACGGGUCCUCCUCCAGCAGACAAAGACAAGAUUAAAAGCCUCCCUACAGUCCAGAUAAAACAGGAGCAUGUGGGUGCAGGUCUGGAGUGUCCAGUGUGUAAAGAAGACUACAGUGCAGGAGAAAACGUCAGACAACUUCCUUGCAAUCAUCUCUUCCAUAACGACUGUAUAGUUCCCUGGCUCGAGCAGCACGACACGUGUCCGGUGUGCAGGAAGAGUUUGAGCGGUCAGAACACAGCCACGGAUCCUCCAGGCCUGUCAGGGAUGAAUUUCUCUCCAUCGUCCUCUUCCUCUUCCUCCUCCAGCUCUCCAAGCAACGAGAACGCCACUAAUAACUCAUAAGAGCUCAGUCCACGUCCAGAACACAUCAUUGUCUUCAUCAUCAUCUUCAUCAUCAUCAGCUCAGCCCACUGCGCCCACACCAGAACCCUGAAAACACGGCGCUGGACUGAUGGAGAACUGAGCCAUCACACACAUUAUCACACAAACCUGACCAGCUCUGAGAGCAAGCCAAACACACACACACAUACAAACACACACACACUUACAUAUACAAACACACACACACACACUCUCCUCUAACACUAUACACCCCGCCUCCUUUCUUUAUUUUAAAGCGCUAAACUUCAGAGCCAUGAGUUCUCAAGGUUUCAGCGCACACCUGUCCACAUCACAUGCUUUUAAUCAGCAGAAAGGAGGAGGAAAAUGCUGAGAGGAAGAGAGAGAUGAAGAACAAGAGGAGAUGCAGACACACUCACAGCUGAACUGCGUUUUUAAAAGCAGACUGCGUGUCUCUGGAGAGCGACACGCUCAUGAAGAACUUUUUGUUUUAAGCAUUUGGAAUUUAUUUCACUGAUGAAAGUGGCUGAUAUGUAGACGUGCUUAUAGCUGAUUUCACAAAACCCCACACAUUUGAACCCAAAAAUCUCAAGAUGGUUUUAAUAAUUAUUUUCAUAACCAUAAUGCAACAUAAUCUGGCUCAUUACCGUAAUGCAACAAAAUCUGGCUCAUUACUGUAGUGCAAAAAAAUCUGACUCGUUACCGUAAUUUAACAAAAUUUGAUUUAAUACCGUAACGCAACAAAAUCUGGUUCAUUACCAUAAUGCAAAAAAUUUGAUUCAUUACCCUAAUGCAGCAAAAUCUGAUUCAUUACCGUAAUGCAACAAAAUCUGACUCUCUUCCAUGAUGUAACAAUAUCUGACUCAUUAUCAUAAUGCAAAAAAAUUGGACUGGUUACCCUAAUGCAAAAAAAUCUGACUCAUUACUGUAAUACAACAAAAUUGAUUUAUUACCGUAAUGGAACAAAAUCUGACUCAUUACCGUAAUGCAAAAAAAUGACUGAUUACCGUAACACAACAAAAAACUGACUCAUUACAGUAAUGUAACAAAAUUUGAUUCAAUACCAUAACGCAACAAAAUCAGACUCAUUACUGUAAUGCUAUAAAAUCUGACUCAUUACCGUAGUGCAACAAAAUCUGACUCAUUACUGUAAUGCAACAAAAAUCUGACUCAUUACCGUAAUGCAACAAAAUUCUGACUCAUUACUGUAACGCAAAAAAAUUCUGACUUUUCCGUGAUGCAACAAAAAUAUUACUCAUUACAGUAAUGCAACAAAAAUCUGACUCAUUAACGUAAUGCAAAAAAAUCUGACUUAUUACUGUAAUGCAACAAAAUCUAACUCAUUACCGUAGUGCAACAAAAUCUGACUCAUUACUGUAAUGCAACAAAAAUAUUACUCAUUACCGUAAUGCAACAAAAUCUGACUCAUUACUGUAACGCAAAAAAAUUCUAAAAAGACUUUACCGUGAUGCAACAAAAAUAUUACUCAUUACAGUAAUGCAACAAAAAUCUGACUCAUUAACGUAAUGCAAAAAAAUCUGACUUAUUACUGUAAUGCAACAAAAUCUGACUCAUUGUCGUAAUGCAACAAAAAUCUGACUUAUUAUCGUAACGCAACAAAAAUCUGAAUUAUUACCGUAAUGCAACAAAAAUCUUACUCAUUACCCUAAUGCAACAAAAAUAUGACUCAUUACAGGCAACAAAAGUUUGACUCAUUACCGUAAUGCAACAAAAUCUGACUUAUUACUGUAAUGCAACAAAAUCUGACUCAUUGUCGUAAUGCAACAAAAAUCUGACUUAUUACCGUAAUGCAACAAAAAUCUCACUCAUUACCGUAACGCAACAAAAAUCGGACUCGUUUCUGUUAUGCAGAAUAAUCUGAUUCAAUGACCAACAGAAAGAUAGAAUGUUGCAUGGAAGAAUCUAUAAAUUUGUUAUAAAUUAUAGAUUGUGGCAUGUAUUACACUUAGUUUAAA